AUGCUUAUAUACGCUGUUAUUACGUAUCUACAAAUUAGUAUACUUGAUUCAAAAAGAUGGAGCAAACAAAAACAUCUACAACACCUAGACUCCGACAAGCACCUCCUGACCCGAGGCCGAGACAACCACCCCCCGAGCCUAAAAGUGGUACUGCUCAUCCACCACCUCAACCACGGGAACGUCAGCAACCACCGAAACCUCGGCAGAGACAAGCUCCACCGCCACCAAAGUGUUGAUAUA